GGCCUGUAGAUAUAAACUCUCGAAACGAACCUAUGGCAAAUAUAUUAACGUAUCUGGUUAUUUUUCUUCAACCAAACAAUCUACUUUGUGUAAUAAGUCUUCCGGGCCACAAGGCGAAGUAGCCUGUUAGGUUGAAUAGUACCUCUAGAACAACACGUUUUCGUACCAUUAAUUUAGAUAUUGUUGGUUUGUGGUGGGCCAUGAAUGUAUCUCGGAUUUGGAAUUUGCUUUAACAUUAGAGGUGCUGACUACGCUGUAGUGUGAACAUGUCUGGGGCGUUAGCAAGGGUACUGUUUUAUCCCACAUUAGCGUAUAAUGUUGUCAUGGAAAAAGUUUCCUCAAGACGGUGGUUCAAUCGCGUGGAUCAGACUGUCAUUCUAGGAGCCCUGCCUUUCAAAUCAAUGACUAAUGAGCUGGUGCAGACAGAAAAUGUCAGGGGGGUAAUAACCAUGAACGAGGAAUAUGAAACAAAAUACUUCUGCAACUCAGCUGAGGAGUGGAAAGCCGAGGGGGUGGAGCAGCUGCGUCUCAGCACAGUGGACCUGACCGGUGUGCCCAGUCUAGAGAACCUGCACAAAGGAGUGGAGUUCGCACUCAGUCACCGGGAAAAGGGCUCCAGUGUGUAUGUCCACUGUAAGGCUGGACGCUGUCGCAGUGCCACACUAGCUGCUGCAUACAUCAUACGGAUACACUGCUGGAGUCCAGAGGAAGCAUGUCAGAUGUUGGCCUCUGUCCGGCCACAUGUAAUAAUUCGUUCUUCACAGCUGGAGAUGCUUCGGCGGUACCAUCAGCAAGUCUGUGGCGGGGGUUCCAUUUAAGAGGGAGGCUGCCAGCAUACUUAUUGCACUUCUACAGAAACUGUAAAAUUAGCUUUGUCAAGACAAARAAUAUGCUGCUUGAAGGGAUUUUUMACCUUGAGCUCAUUCUUUUACAUAGUUGUUAUUCAACUGGAUUGUAUAAUUCUCAAAUGUUGUAUAAUUCAAGUGUCAUCAGCUCAUCAGAGCAUGGGGUAUAAUAAAUUGCCGUCCCCAUCAAAAUACUGAGAGGUGGGUGAAGGGGGUGUAUUUAAACGCAUGUUUCUACAGAAUGUUUACAAUUUCUAUGUUAAGAAAAUUUGUGGUAUUUUGAUUGUUACUAAUUUCACUGAUUGUUUGAUAGUAUUCUAUAUGGGUUGUAAAAACAUAUUGGAAAAGAAUGACAUUAUAAAAGGAUAGCUAUUGAUACUUAAUCCAUUGAAACAUAACCGGAGUGAACAGGGGGCCUAAUUGUCUGGAAAGACCAUGUUGAAAUGAGCYUUUGAAUCAGGAAAGUUUACUCUCACGACCUCUACAAACCAGAAUGUUGAAUAAAAUGACAUGUUAACAUACUUUA